GUUCCCAACCUUCCGUCUGAUUUCGAAGAACAGGAACUUAGCCUGUCGACUCUAUUAAGUCUCAGCGCAUCCUUUGACACGCUUCUGGACCAUCUUCUUCAAUGCCAUUUGUUGCUGCUGCCAGCCAGCGCUCAUAAACACACAUAUUCAACUACGUUCCAUCUUCGACUAUCAACUUCAGACCGUGGCCUGCUAAACUUUCACGAAUAGAGGGAAGUCUGCUGGUCGAGAUGGCAGGGGAAACCAAGGGAAAGGCCCUGGAGAACUUCAAAGGGGUUAAUGGACACUCUGCGACUCCACGGGCGCGAAGGGCAAAGCCACGGAAAAGUUUCUUCAUGUGGCUCUUCAGCACUAGCACAUGGCUUCUCACCUGGUAUUCCAUCAUCACAGUGAUAUUCCAAUGCCCGGAAUCAGUCGAUCUCAUUACCGACGCGUCUCCUCGUAUUUGCAAGCCAUACUUCCAAGUCAAAUCGACUCUCGCCCCGUACGCUACGCCCUACUAUAACACGUAUGCGGCGCCAUACGUCGACACCGCAAGGCCAUAUUAUAAUGUUCUGGACAAGAAUGUGUUUACGCCAACUGUCUUCUAUGGAAAGAAAUACGGUGCACCCCGCGUGGCUCAAGCGCAGGCGAUUGGAAAGGAGCAAUGGGAGAAGCAAAUCCAACCGCAAGUCAUCAAGCUUAACAAGCUCGCCCAAGAGCAAUAUGAUAAGACCUUAGCACCGCAUGUUCAGAAGGCGGCUGCUGCUACUGUUCCGUAUGCAAAGUUCGCGAAGGAGAAUGCAUUACAGACGUACUACGCUUCCAUCUUACCUGCCUAUGCGGCCAUUGAGCCAUACGGCCAACAGGCAUACGAAAUCGGCAAAGCCUUCACUGUUAAUACAGGUAUUCCUUAUGCGCAGUGGGCCUGGGCAUGCGGGAUGGCUUUCCUCGACCGCACCAUCUGGCCAAAGGCCAGAAUUUUGUACGGUGAGAACGUUGAGCCACAACUUAUCCGAAUUGGCGAGCGUCUCGGCAGGUAUCGCGAUGGAAAAAAGCUGCAAUCUAUCGUUGACGAGGUAGAUACCACUACUUCCUCUGCUUCAACCACCGCCUCCACCGAACCAUUUACUACUGAGUCGGUAGUCGUCUCUAGCGUGUCAUCCGAGACUUCUACUUCUGCUACAACGCAGGAGGAAGCGUCUCCUACUCUUCUUACGGAGGAGGAGCAGCGAGCCAAUGCCCAAAAGGUAGUCGAGGAGGACCUAAAGACGUGGCAAGAAAAAUUUGCAAAGGCAGCAGAUCAAGGAUCAGAUGAGCUAGAGGCAAGAAUCACAGAAAUUAUCGACCGAGCGGUAAAUACCCAAGCCCAGGGAAUGGGAGAGGCUCACUUGGUGCAACUCGAAGAAACCGUCAAGUCGCAAAUACAGUCCUUAAAGAUGGCUAUCGUGGCGAUUGUCAGAUUGCAUGGCGAAGAAGAACACCUUAACGGUGCCAUCCGCAAGGCUGGGCUGGCAAUUCGCGACAAGGCCCAAGCAGUCCGAGAGUGGCGUCAUUCUUUCGACCAGGAAACCAAUAACCUCGUAUCCAAGGCGUCUGUAGAUACCUUCCAAAUCAUCGAUCAUAUUCGCGACCUCGGACUUCAAGAGAUAGGUAUGCGCUGGGCUUGGACUGAUGGCGUCACGCACAAAGACUGGGCCAAGUAUCACGCUCUGAAGAACAAGUUUGACGAGUGGCGACAUGAUGUGGAGGAAGUAGUCACUGCCCACCCAGGCCUGGAGGCUGCUCGAGCUGCAUCGGAAGACAUCGAAAGCAGGGCUAUGGCCAUUGCUGAAGAUUCUGCCACGGAACUUUCACGACUAAAGGAAACCGGCAGGUGGAAGCUAGCUAUGGGCGAUGCGUCGGAUGAUUUCAGCACCCAUGUUUUACCCCCAGCGGCAGCGGCAGCCGCGCAAAAAGUCGUCGAGAAGGUCCAUGAGGCAGGCGAAGUUAUUGUCGGCUCUGCCGAAACCUCAUCAGAUUCACCCCUUGAGGCCGCCAGCUCCACUCUUGCGGACGCGGGAUCUUCGAUAGCUGCGAGCGCAUCGUCUGUGGCUGAGAAUGUCAAGUCAUAUGCCUCGGAAGUGAGUGAAAGUGUCACCAGCGCCGCAUCCUCAGUUUCCGAUAGUGUUGCUGGUUCGUCGCAGGGAUCCGCCGAGAGCUUUGUGUCGGCAGCUCAGGCUUCCGUUGAAAGCGUUGUAUCAGUCGCUCAGGCAUCUGCUAGUAGCCUGGCUGACAAGGCAUCGAGCGCAGUCGUCGGAACCUCGCAAGGAACCGUGGAGAGCGUGAGCUCCGUUGUCAGCGAGAGUGCGAGCAGUAUUCUGGACCAGGCGUCGAGCGCAGUCAUUGCGACUUCGCAAGGAUCCGUAGAGAAGGCGACCUCUAUUGUCGGCGAGAGCGCGAGCAGUCUUCUGGAGAAGGCAUCUGCGUCCGCGGAGGAGGUUCUCGAGACCGUAUCUUCAUCUGCCGAGGAAGUUCUUGACACCUUAUCAUCCGUUGUCUCAUCAGCAACCAGUGUUGUCAAGAGCGCGGUCCCGAACGCUUCGAGUGUAUCUGAUGAGCAGGAUACCUACUCUGAGAAAAUCCAAAGCAUGGCUGGUGAGGCUGGAGAGCGCCUCGCGGAUGUUACAAAGACCAUGAGCGAGGCAUUGUUGCAACAGUCCACCAAGGGAAACGUCGAAAGUGCAACUAGCGUAGCUACUGAGCAGUACUCGAGCGUUCUGGCCGCAGCGUGUGCCGCCGUGCACGGAAAGGAGAAGGGUUCUGCCGAAAACAUGGCCAGCGAGAAAUAUGACGAAGCCUCCUCGGCUGCCAGUUCUGCCGUUAAGGGCACCCCAACGCCAAUUGAAUCUGCCAUCGCCCAGGCUAGCGCCGCAUACGACGCCCUGACGAGCCAGGCGGAGCAGCGCCUCACCCGCGCAUCCGCUGUUGUCUCGGGAAUGAUUAAGAGAACGCCGAAGCCCAUCCACGAGAAGAUGUUCUCCUCCGUCCAGGCCGCCUAUUCCGACUCUCUCGCGGCGGCAAGCGAGCGUCUUGAAUCCGUCAUCACUGCCGCAUCCGCAGCUGCGGCAUCGGCUACCGAGCGCGCUGAGGAUUUCGCGAGCAGCGUCAGCAGUGCAGUUUCGUCCAGCGAGACGAACGUGAAGGAUGAGCUGUAAAAAGAGUGUAUGGAGGGUUACUUGUUUUAAAAAUGGGCAUGGAGCAAUAAUGAUAGUCGAUGAUUUUUGGUUUAUUUUGGAAGCGCUCCUUGGACUUUGUACACGAUAUCCUGGUUGUACUGUAUGUACUUAUAAAGCUGACGGUGGUUAGUUAGCCUGUGUAGCUGGUGGGAGCUUGAGUGUUAUUAGUAUAUUUUACAUAAGUUAGUUAUGUUUUGUUUAUAGUUAUAAAAUUGAGUCUCAAGUGAUCGAACACUUCUUGUG